AUGCGCUACUGCGAGGUGCUGCUGCUGCUGCUACUGUUGGUGGGCAUCGUGCCCACCCAAUGCUUCGACAACAACCCGUUGGAUCCAGCCCUGAACUGGUACAUGCCGUAUGAUCUCCUACAGAUCAACAUGCCGGCUGCUGACACCGGCACAGCAUAUGGCUUGGCCAUGAAUGAUCUGCUGUCCAGGGUGAUGGCCGGGAGCACCAACGACGUGUACGGGAGACAUGUCCUGGCGCAACAGAGGAUCAACCAUAAGCCUUACCGCUGGCUGAUGCUCGACCUCAUCGGCCGGGCGGACGACAGGACCAUGAUCGCCGUGAGGCAGGACAACAUCUACAUCUCCGCCUUCACGGACAAAGCUGGGACAUGGUACGUGUUCAAGAACGUUGCUGCCCUCAAUCUCGUUCCAGGGGCGACCACUCUAUCGUUCGACGAUGACUACGAUGGCCUCGUCGGGUCGGGCGGCUACAAGGCACUGGGCUCCCUCGUGCUGGGCCACGAGCCGACGCUGCAGGCCUUGGGCCAGCUCGCUGGCUACAAGCCCGCGCCGAGCGGCGACUUGGGCGGCCUCCCUCGCGCCGUCGCCGUGCUGGUGGUGACGCUCACCGAGGCGGCGCGCUUCAGGGGGAUCGCGACACAGAUCACCACCAACUGGAGUCAGGACUCGCCCUCGAACAACGACGUGUGGGAGGGGAGCAAAGAAGCCACCAAACUAGGCGACCCUAACGACGGCAUCGGGAUCCACACCAAGAAGCAGGCGAUUGAUGCUGUUCUCGUCGUGCUCUGGCCAUGGAAGCAGAAGUGCAGCAAGAAAGUUACGUGGCUCGUCUAG